CAACUCCACACUCACUUUUCCUGUCAGUACUGUAGCACAGUAAGCGCAGGAAGGGGGCAGGGUACGCGCUUUUCCUUUGCCUGUUUGACCAUCACAAUUUGCUGAUUCACACAAACUCUUCCGCAUCGUCAAAACUUUGAAGACAUAUCGCAGUGGAUAUUAGUCCGUGGAUACAUAACGCGACAUUUCCCCGCCGUCAGGCAGAGAAGGUGUCCCCUUUCGUGCAACUCUUCAUGGCGAAAAGACCUUUCUUUUUCACUUCUGCCUUCUGUCACCUACGGGACCACCGUUCGCGAGACACAAGCCUUUAAAAGUUUGCUUUUCAUGUGAAUGUACAGGACUCGUAUGAGAAAUGAAGCUCAGCAGACAGUUCACAGUUUUUGGCAGUGCCAUAUUCUGUGUGGUGGUAUUUUCCUUGUACCUGAUGUUGGAUCACUUAGAUUAUAGCAAAAACCCAAAUGGAGAGAGAGUUCAAAACGGCCAGCUUGGUAUUCUGCAGGACAAAAUAGACCACUUAGAAAGACUGCUUGCAGAGAACAAUGAGAUCAUUGCCAACAUCAGGGACUCUGUAAUUAACCUGAGAGAAACUGUGAAAGAUGGGAAAAUGUUUCCUGAAGGGAACAUGAGUCAGGGGAACCUGGAAUUGCUGCCCCCUGCUCCUGCGCUGCUCCCCAUCCACUCAGAGGACUGCCAGUUUGCAGCACAGACAUACUCCAAGGCAGCGGAUGGAGUACAGAUGCUGGAUAUUUAUGAUUUGCUCAGAUUUGAUAACCCUGAUGGUGGAGUAUGGAAACAAGGCUUUGAUAUCUCUUAUCAGGCUGAUGAAUGGGACAAUGAGCCACUCCAAGUCUUUGUUGUGCCCCAUUCACAUAAUGACCCUGGCUGGUUGAAGACAUUCGAUGACUACUAUCGGGACCAGACACAACACAUUCUCAACAACAUGGUGGUGAAAUUACAUGAAGACAGCCGGCGAAAAAUGAUCUGGUCUGAGAUCUCAUAUUUUUCAAAAUGGUGGGACGGCAUCGACGAUCAGAAACGAGAUGCUGUCAGGAGGCUUGUAGAGAAUGGUCAGCUCGAGGUGGCUACAGGAGGCUGGGUGAUGCCUGACGAAGCCAGCACUCACUACUUUGCAUUGAUAGAUCAGUUAAUUGAAGGCCACCAGUGGUUGGAGAAAAAUUUGGGAGUGAAACCCAAGACUGGCUGGGCUGUGGAUCCGUUCGGUCACGCUCCUACCCAGGCUUACCUGCUCAGACAGGCUGGUUUGUCCAACAUGCUGAUCCAGAGAGUGCACUACUCAGUGAAGAAACACUUUGCCUCUCAGAAGACCCUGGAGUUCUUCUGGAGACAGAACUGGGAGCAGGACUCAAGUUCAGACAUUUUGUGUCACAUGAUGCCAUUCUACAGCUACGAUGUUCCCCAUACAUGUGGUCCUGACCCGAAGAUCUGCUGCCAGUUUGACUUUAAAAGGCUGCCAGGAGGAAGAAUUAGCUGUCCGUGGAGAAUUCCUCCUCAGGCCAUCACUGACAACAAUGUACAGGAGAGAGCUCAGACGCUGUUGGACCAGUACAGGAAGAAAUCCAAGCUUUUUCAGACCAAGGUGCUGCUGGCACCACUUGGAGAUGAUUUCCGUUACACUGAAGCCAUCGAAUGGGACCAACAGUUUGUCAACUACCAGAAACUCUUUGACUACAUGAAUUCUCACCCUGAGCUCCACGUCAAGGCCCAGUUUGGAACCAUUUCAGAUUAUUUCAAUGCCUUGCGUAAAAACACUGGCAUGGAUCCGGAUGGCAUGAAUGUUGGCCAUUUGGCAUUUCCUGUGCUAAGUGGAGACUUUUUCACUUACGCGGAUCGAGACGACCACUACUGGAGCGGAUACUUCACCUCACGGCCAUUCUAUAAACGCCUGGACAGAGUGCUGGAAUCACAUCUUCGGGCAGCUGAGGUGCUCUACUCUCUGACCUUGACCAACAUUCAGAAGUACGGCCAGCCCAGUGAUUACCCUGCAGUGGAUAAUUACAAGUUACUGACAGAAGCCAGACGCAAUCUAGGUCUCUUCCAGCACCAUGAUGCCAUCACUGGCACAGGCAAAGACUGGGUGGUUGUGGACUAUGGAACCAGGUUGUUUCAUUCUGUUCUGAACGUGAAGCGAGUGAUUGUGAGCUCAGCUCAUUGGUUAGUGCUCAAGGACAAACAAACAUACUACCAUGAUCCUUCAAAUCCAUUCCUUCAGAUGGAUGACGUUCAGCCAUCCCAAGAUGCCCUACCUCGCAAAACUGUUCUUGAAGUUAGUGAAAAACCAAGGUUGCUGGUAGUUUCUAACCCCACAGAGCAGGCCAGGACGUCCAUGGUCACAGUGUACGUGAAUAAUCCUAACGUCCGCUUGCUUAAUGCUGUUGGUCACGUGGUCCGCGCUCAAGUCAGUGCAGUUUGGAAUGAUGCCACUCAUGCUGCCACCGACGUCUUCCAGUUGUCGUUUGUGGCUCAAGCUGCUCCUCUGGGUCUGAGCAUGUACCAGCUGAUGGAAGGAAUGGAGCCAAGGACAGAAGCUGCUAAGUACAUGUUUCUUCAGGAAGGCAGCCACAUUUCAGUCAGUAAACUGGAGCAUUUCCAACAGUUCUACCAAAACGAUGUAGCUCCUGUGCACAUUGAAAAUCCUCACCUCAAAAUCUCCAUCUCUGCAGCUACAGGUCUUUUAGAGAAAUUGAGGUUGAAGGAGGACGACUCAGAGCACCAGGUCAAAGUGGAGUUUGCUUGGUACGGCACCACCAGCAAUAAAGACAAGAGCGGCGCCUACCUGUUCCUGCCUGACGGAGAAGCAACAAUUUACUCUCCCUCUCAACCGCCGGUGGUUCGAGUCACUAAAGGGCCGCUGUUUUCUGAAGUCACCACUACCUUCACACACAUCACACACACUCUCCGGCUCUACAACAUCCAGGGUAUCGAGGGUCAGUCUGUUGAGAUCUCUAACACUGUAGAUAUAAGAGGCGAAAUCAACCGUGAAAUUGCAAUGAGGAUAACCUCAGAUCUGAACAGCAAGGAUCGAUUCUUUACUGACCUCAAUGGAUACCAGGUGCAGCCGAGAAAAGCCAUGGCUAAGCUCCCCCUGCAGGCAAACUUCUACCCCAUGACCAGCAUGGUCUACCUGCAGGACUCCAGCGCCAGACUCUCUCUACUCACCGCACAGUCACUCGGAGCAGCCAGCCUCAAGAGCGGUCAGCUGGAGGUGAUUAUGGACCGUAGGCUCAAUCAGGAUGAUAAUCGAGGUUUGGGUCAGGGAGUCCUGGACAAUAAGAUCACUGCCAACUCCUUCCGCCUACUGCUGGAAAAGAGGAGAUCUGCAGAGGAGGCCCAGAAAGAGGAGACCGCACCGUAUAGUUAUCCAUCUAUGCUGAGUCACAUGUCGUACAUGUACCUCAACCAUCCCCUCAUCUCAAUGCCAGUCAGUCAGAAACGGGACACCCCAUCCUUGAUUCCCUACAGCCCUCUGAGCGCCUCCUUCCCCUGCGACAUGCAUCUGGUCAACCUGCGCACUAUCCAGUCUAAGGAGGAAGGGGGAGGUCCAUCCGAGCAAGCUGCUUUGAUACUGCACAGAAAAGGCUUUGACUGUGGCUUCUCCAAUCGGAACACUGGCCUACUGUGUGGCACCACACGUGGCAAGAUUAAUUUAGAGAAGCUCCUGACAGAUCUGAAGGUGAAGAGCAUCACUCCUGUCUCACUGUCUCUGAUGCACACAUACAGUAGUGAAGCCAACCCGCAGGAGAUCAGCCUUAAACCCAUGGAAAUCAGGACUUACCGCCUGCAGUUGAGCUGAGCUGCAGUCACAUUGGCUCACCUACUCGAGAGCCGUAAGGUUGUUGCCUUCAGCCGAGGACUCGUCAAAUUAUUGUCAAUAUAAACCUUAAGCUUCAUAGCAAAGUGCAAUAUGAAAUCUCCAAGAAUUCCCAACCAGCUCUCUCAGGUUAUUUUAAUAUAACGUGACCCUUCUUAUGUGUGAUUCACUGUGCUGAGAGUUGACGUUUUUCACUGGGAACGUACAAGUUGUACCAUUUUAAAGUGUUGCUGCAGUGGGGAUGGUGUAAGAAACAUUUUUCUUGCCUCUGUUGCUUGAUGAAGAGAAAAGCUUCUGUUUGAUCAGAGGGCUUGUGCCCUGUUCAAUUUAUCCUUACAAUUCCCAGUUUAAUAUAGAAAAUGAAUUGGAUUCUUACCUGAAUUGUAUUUUUUCCUUUUUAUUUUUUUUCCCUUUUUAUUUUAUUCUAUUUUAUUUUUUCCUUUUUAUUUUAUUUUAUUUUAUUUCCUCACUAUUCCCAAUUUAAUAUAGAAAAUUAAUUGGAUUCUUACGUGAAUUGUAUUUUUUUUUUUCCUGUUUAUUUUAUUUAUUCAUUUUUAUUUUAUUUAUUUUAUUUUAUCUUAUUUGGAUUCUUACCUGAAUUUUAUUUUUUAUUUUUUAUUUUUUUUUUUUCCUUUUCUUUUCUUUUAUUUUAAUUUUAUUUUUCCAUCCCAAAGUUUUUACUCUGAAUUGUGCCUUAGUCUCACAGGGUGGUGUCUUUCUUAAUGGAUGUGAUAAAAUGAGCAAUUUUAAAACUGAACAUCAUUUUUAUCAUUCGCUGUUAAUUCUAACAUAGAAAACAUUAAUGACAGACAGUUUUAAUUUUGCAGUCUUUAAAAAACAACAUAUCUUCACAAUCAAACAUUUGUGAAAAGGUAUGCAAAUCGUAAUAUGGCAUCGUAUUUUUCUUUAAAGGUGCAACAUGUAAGAUUUUUGCAGUAAAAUAUCCAAAAUCCACUAGGCCAGUGUUAUAUAUUUUGUUCACUUGAGUACUUACAAUAUCCCAAAUGUUAUCCCUCUACGCUUGUAGAGGUCUGUGCGGGACUGUUUUUUUCAUCCCGCUCCCGCAAGGUUCUAUUCUGCACGCACCCGCUCCCGCCUAAAAUUUACUCUGUGUUCACCUGCUAUCCGCAUAUAGUGAUUUUCUUCCCAACCCGAUGGGUCCCGCUAAAUUUAGAUCGUUUCCAGAAUCUCGCGUUUAAACUUUAAACUAAAGAAAGAGAGUGAUUGGGGAUAACAAAUAUAAAAUGUUGCAUAGCAUAUACAAGAUUUUUAUGUGUUAUUUGUCUUAUGAUGCUGUCAACACCCUAAAAAUGUCAGAGAAAAAAUGUCCAAAGAAUAAUAGGCUAAAUAUCACUUAGAAAAAAUAGGCUAAAUUAAAUAGCCUACAACAUGUCCCUCAAAACUAUAGGCUAAGCCAAAAUUACAUAAACGAAAACUGAAAUAUUUUUUAACAUCCACGCAAGAACAGAAUGACGCUGACUGACGACUGUUUCAGAACGUCUCUCUUCUAAAAUCCGAUCACAAAGGUUGAAUGUUCUCUGAUGCAGUCGUGCAGACCUCUAAUGCAAAGAACAUAUCUUGCCAGUUUUCUCAGGACAGGGAACUGGGGACAGUGUGAACGCCACCACUGCAGAAAGUUUUGUUCACUUCAAGUUCAAGCACAGAUGCGCUGAUGUCAAAGCAUCUCGGGAGCGACCGGGUUAUUGUCAGACCGCCUGCUCCCGCCUGAAGUACACUAUAGUUACCGACCGCAAUCCGCCUUUCAUUCAAAAUUUAAUCCCGCGCAGCAAGAAAUCUUAUCGGGUCCCGCGGUUUCCGCGGGAAUGCAAACCUCUAGUUGCUUGUCAAUGGCGUCAUACCUGCGUUAACCCUCGGUCUGCCUCGGUUUCCGGUUUUAUUUUGUAGAAACCAUGGAAACACCAAAGAAUAUAUUACACGUUUUAAUAGACAAGGGAACAACUGUUUUGAUAUAUUUAUAGACAGAAAACUAAUUAUUGUUAUAUAGCUCAACACGUUUAGUCUUAUUGUUUAAAUCUAAUUUUCUUGAUUUUUUGCGAGUACCAUGCUUUACCAUGCCUCAGAGAAAAACACUAUUUUGUCAAGUAGCUAACAUAGCAUAAUCAGAUGCAGCUUUAUUUUUAGUAACAGUAACACAGCAUUUUCUCCAUCACACAAUACGUUUUAAAAUUAAUUGCAUUCCAUUUAUCAACACAAGCCAUCCAGCAUUUAAUAUGAUAUUCUAAAAUCGAUGCCCAUCUUACUGCAGUGUGCAAGAAGUGUCUCACAGCAGCCACCGAGCGAACGCACAGAGUAACGUUAUAACAUCAUUUUCAACAUACUCAAAUGUAUCUAAUAUGAUAAACAGAGCUGCUGUUACCUCAUACUCAUGACCGGAAAAGCGGAAGCGGCGCCGGCGACUGUGGCAUAAUAAAAGUUCUGCUGCUCGUGAGGCGUGUUGCACAAUCGCUCCAGCGUCCUCGUUCAGAUCCCACAACACUCGGUCCUGCUCUGCUUCAUACUACAAUAACGUUAAUAAUCGCAUCCAUGAACAUGAUUUCUUUCAGAGUCCUAUCCCUAUUCUUUUGCACCGUCCAUUGAGGUGAAGACCACAUGUCCCAAGAUUCCGCGCUCAAACUUGGCGUCAUUAAGCUACGCCUUUGUUUUGAAUAGGCCUUUAGCGACCUCUAGAAUUCUUACAUGCUGCACCUUUAAAUGUCCCUUGAUAAUUUCUAUCAAUGCAAAUGACUGCAAGUUACGUGUGUUUAUCACAUUCAUUGAAAUGGGUCAUUUAAUGUGACUUAAAAUUUAGAAGCCUCAGAUGUUGUGUCUUAUCUUUCUUAAGUGAUUUGUUUUUUCUAAAUAUAUAGAUAGUAUAUAUUGGUCACCCUUUUUUCUUAAUUUGUCUAUUUUAUUCAGUCUGAAGGAUUGUAAAUAGGUUCAGUAGCAACAUAAAUUGACCAAAGGUGGGUGGGUGUCUUGUACUAAAGUAUGUGUAUUGAAGAUUUAAUUCCAUUGUUCCCAGAGAUGAUAAUUAUCAGAGAAUAUUUUUUUUUUUUUAUUUAAUAUAUUAGGCUAUAUGAAUAUAAACAUGCAUAAAUAAUAUAAAUUCUUGCAAUGGUUGAGUUGGAAGGGGUGCUUGAUCAUAAAAUGGUGUCAUGGUUACUAUGGAUUAUAAACUUCAUGUGAUUGUGUUGAAGUUUAAAAAUGGAAAAGCUCGAUUUAUUAUACAAUCAAACUAUGCAAAUGUACAUUUUUGUCUUAUGCAACAAUGAUCUAUUUUUCUAGACCUUAAAUCACAGACUUCCUGUAGUCAGAAAUUGCCUGCCAGUAAUUCUCCAAUUUUACCUGGCAAAGUUCUUAAAGCUCUUUCUGAUAUGUAGAUUUGCCACACAUUGUGAUAUAUGAUAUGAAUGUUUUUCACAAAUGCAUUUUCCUUCAUUCUGUGAUGUUUAUUCUUAAAGGGAGUCCAUUUUCUGUCUUAUACUCUGGGUAUCUUUUUUGGGGUGUUUUGUUUCAGGCUGGCAAUAAGAGUUGGCCGCUUGUCUUGAGUGUGAAAGAUGAUCAUUUGUUGACUUGCUACUGUGAUUUUUUUUUGUUGAUUCAGCAUGUUUUUCUUUUUCCUUUUAUGAAAAUAUUGACUGGUGUGUCGUUCUGUUGGUCAGUCAGAAGUGCUGUGAUCACUGUAUUCCAACUAGCUGCUUAAUUCACACUUGUAUGACCAAAUUGGUCUGUGACUGUAGUCAAUCAGGAUAAUGAAAGCAGGCCAAUGCUUUCCGACCCUGUGAGAAUAUUCCUCUAUUUUUAAUCUUGAACAGUGUGGUGACUAUCUGAAGAGUAUGCAUCUUUUUACCAGUGUUGCCAUUUACAAUUUUAGCCAACGAAUGUCUGCCUGUCUCUGUCUGUCUGUCAUUUGAAAGGAAUGUUACAGAAAAAUAAAAAUUGUUCAGUCUUUUA